AUGGCCUGUUUGCGUCAACUUAUGCAGCUGGCCAAAUUUGAAAAUGAAGAACUGUUGCAACGAGCUUUUAUAACUGGAUUGCCUGGUGAAAUUUCAAAGCAGCGACAAUCACAAGUCAAAAUAUUCGGGAUCAACUUGAAGGAUGUAUUGAACCACGCAAGAGUACUUUUGUCAAAAGUAACGAAAGAAGAAUGUCUUUCAACAGCAAUCUCUGGAAUGUAUAAAAACAAUAAUAGAAAAUUUGCUUCACGAUUCAACUGCUACAAUUGCGGCAAGCUUGGGCAUGUUGCUCGAAGCUGUUUUGCAAAGAAAAAAACUAUUACUGAGGGAAUACAAUGUUUUCGAUGUGAAAAAACUGGACACAUUGCAAGAUUUUGCUCCUUGCAACAGGGAAACGCAAGUGGAAAACCUCCAGCACCAGCUGUUUCCCUCGACAACUAA